CGUUGAGAUGCUCACAACAAAGGACAGCGCAACACCGAGAGGUUGUCAUUAAAAAUAACGCAGCGUGGAUACGUUUUCUCCAACCAAGAGCGUUUGUAACUUAUUUCUGCGUGAAGAGGAAAACCAAUAACACAGACUUUCCUUGCCUUCCGUUUUUUUUUUAAAAUUACAUCUCGUUUAAUUUAUAACGCGGAGCAAUUUAUGUGAAUUUCUUUUCUUUUUUUUUUUCCUUUGGUGGAACGUUAGCUAGCUUGCUGCCCAUAGUUGGUAAAUAAGCUGUUUGGAAAUCCCGGAGACAAAAAAAAGGAGGACCUCAUCAUUGAUAUCGCAGCGGCUGCUCUGAGACUCACUGUGUGCUUUAAUAACGCUGUCUUACCUCAUUUGGUCAUGUGCUAUCAGUCUGCUGUGGGCGGGACAAGAGGUGCUGCGGAAGGCGGGCACAUGAGGCAUGACAGGGUGGAGCUGAGGCUCAGCUGACCCCUCCCCUUUCAUCUUCUCCCUCUGUCCUCCUUGCCCCAUCCUGACUCACCCCAUUGGGUCUCACUCAUCCUUCCUUACUUCCCUCAGCUGUGCCCAAUGUACUCCCCGGAGCAGGAAAACAUCUCCACCACCUCCUCCACCAAAGUGCCAGUGAAGUAUGGAGAGCUCAUUGUGCUGGGGUACAACGGUUCUCUGCCCAAUGGGGACCGAGGCCGACGCAAAAGCCGGUUUGCACUUUAUAAGAGACCGAAGGCAAACGGGGUGAAACCCAGCACAGUUCACGUGGCCUGCUCUCCACAAGCAGCCAAGGCCAUAAGCAACAAAGACCAGCACAGCAUCUCGUACACUCUGUCCCGAGCCCAGACGGUGGUGGUGGAGUACACCCAUGACAGCAAUACAGACAUGUUCCAGAUCGGUCGAUCCACGGAGAGUCCGAUAGACUUCGUGGUGACGGACACGGUGGCCGGCAGCCAGAGCAACGCAGACACUCAGUCGGUCCAGAGCACCAUCUCCCGCUUCGCCUGCCGCAUCAUAUGUCAGCGCAYGCCGCCUUACGCAGCUCGCAUCUACGCUGCAGGCUUUGACUCCUCKAAGAACAUCUUCCUGGGGGAGAAAGCUGCUAAGUGGAAGACGUGCGAYGGUCAAAUGGACGGGCUGACCACCAACGGCGUUCUGGUGAUGCACCCUCGCCACGGCUUCACGCAAGACUCCAAGCCGGGAGUGUGGAGGGAGAUCUCCGUCUGCGGGAACGUCUUCACCCUGAGAGAGACCCGCUCGGCRCAGCAGCGGGGAAAGAUGGUGGAGACUGAGACUCAGGAGCUGGUGGACGGCUCCCUCAUCGACCUCUGCGGCGCCACCCUGCUGUGGCGCACGGCMGAGGGCCUGGCGCGCACCCCCACCCUCAAGCACCUGGAGGCGCUGCGGCAGGAGAUCAACGCGGCUCGGCCUCAGUGCCCCGUGGGCUUCAACACGCUGGCCUUCCCCUCCAUGCGCCGCAAGGACACGCCGGACGAGAAGCAGCCCUGGGUGUACCUGCAGUGCGGCCACGUGCACGGCUACCACGACUGGGGCAACGAGCGRGAGGGCCGCGAGGGCCGCCUCAGGGAGUGCCCCAUGUGCCGGGCCCGGGGCCCCUACGUGCCCCUGUGGCUGGGCUGCGAGGCGGGCUUCUACGUGGACGCGGCUCCGCCCACUCACGCCUUCAGCCCCUGCGGACACGUCUGCUCGGACAAGACGGCGGCCUUCUGGAGCCAGAUCCCGCUCCCGCACGGCACGCACACGUUCCACGCCGCCUGCCCCUUCUGCGCCCAGCAGCUGAGCGGCGAGCAGGGCUUCAUCAGACUCAUCUUCCAGGGGCCGCUCGACUAGCAGGGGGCCAAACACAGCCAGCACGCUUUGGAGGGGGACUCCUUUGGAACGCUGAGCCCUGCAACUAGAACACAGAGGGUUUCAGGGUUUCCUGGACCUUUUUUUUUUUUUGCCUCUUUCUCAUUUUUAAGUGACCUUUGUACGGCUUUUUUCACAAACGACGACAAAGAUUUCUAUAUUUUCAUGUGAAACCAGAGACACAAAAACCAAACUAAGAACACUGCUGAGUAACCGUUUCAUGGAGAGAACUUUUCAACAGUAUUUAUCUAAAUUACUAACAUACCACAGUGCAGAAAUGCWGUUUUUUUAUCUGUGUAUUUCUUGCAAUAUACAUGUGUACAUCUCUUAGAGUUUAUUUAAAGAAUCGUGUUUUAUUUAUGGCCCGGGACGUCAUCCUUUAUCUGUCAGAUAUUUCUAACUGUGUUUUCAUUUGAAAAAGAUCCGUAUAUUAAUCAAACAUAAAGUUUUAGGUGUGUCCUGA